ACCUCACAGCUGAUUCCGUUGGAUGGAAGUGUUUUUGUUCAUAAAUUCAUGAAGCCAUUUCUGGUUAGCAUCACAUCAAUCAUCGUCCAACAUGGAUCAGGCGUCUCAGGCAGCUCCGGCUCAUGCUUUGGACCCGAGCAGCUCUCAGAUUCUAGUGGAACACGACCGGAAGCGCCGGCAGUUUGUGAUCAGACUGAACGGAUCUCAUGAUCGAGCGGUUCUUCUGUACGAAUAUGUCGGGAAGAAGACAGUGGACCUGCAGCACACCGAGGUUCCUGAUGCUUACAGAGGGAGAGGGAUAGCCAAACACCUGGCCAAGGCAGCCAUGGAUUUUGUGGUGGAAGAAGACCUGAAAGCCCACUUGACCUGCUGGUACAUCCAGAAAUAUGUCAAAGAGAACCCUCAGCCUCAGUACUUUGAACAUAUUUAUCAAUGACCCAACAUGGCUGCCACAGAGGAGAAGGAGAAACAGACUCCUCCGGAUUCAGACUGAGCUGCAGCAUGCUUUGGAGUUACAGGCCAAUACUCAAAAAAGGACCCUCCAGGCAUUGUAAAACGUGAUAUAAAAUGACUCCAGAGACGAGCAGUCUCGUGGGAAAGACGCCUGUGAGCUGAAUGAUGGGCCAGUGGUUGAGUUUUGUCCAUAACAAGACACAGGAAGUGCACCAGCUGGUCACAUGAUGUAAAAAUCGCAAGCAAAUAAACUAACCAAAGCCGAAGGCCGUUUACUGAGACAGAAACGCUCCCAUCACUGACUGCAAGUGAAGGGUUAUGAAUGAUUGUGACCGGCUGUGAGUCAAAUCUUGGGAUGCAAAUUCUCUUUCCUCCCCUCACUGGUUGAAGGCAGCACCGCAAGAUGGCCUCCAGCGGUGUCGAAAUGGAGGCAACGAUGCUCCAACUGUGAUGACUAAUACUUCAACCCUCUUGAUAUUCCUCAGCCUUACUUGUUUUUGUAUUUUUAAUCGGCUCCUCUUCUUAUAAAGUGGAUUUUCUGGGGGGGCUGAAAUGCCAACAUAGGAGAUUGAAAAUUGGUGACGUUACUUAAACAUCUAUCACUUAAGAGAGUUUUUUUUUUCAAGGUAACCGCAAGUUCUGGCAUACAUUUGUUGGGUAAUGGGUCAUUAAAAAAUAUCAGUUGUAUUUUGACAAUAGUUAUUUUCCAAGUUCCAAAUGUCCACUCUCAUUCUGCCCAGAAAUAGAAACGUACUGUUUAUUAUUUACGUCAGGAAUCGAUCAGGGACAGGUGCAGGGAUUUGUAAACCAAAGACAAAACACUGAGUCAUAGUUCUGUCCAUUGUGUGUGUUAAAUGUUACAGAAACAUGUGAUAAAUUGGAUCUGAAGCUCAUCAUUGUGUGGUUUAAACCUCAAUGUGGAUAUGGUUGAAUAUUUCUGCCCAAACCAGCAUUUUGAAAAACAGCAUUGUUUCAUUCUCUGGGCAGGGAAAUGUGGCUCAGAGCUUACACACUUCUCCUCUUUUCGUUGGCUUUCUUUCCCCUGAGGUAUGGCUUCAUAUGCCAGCUGAUAUCCAAAUGAUAAAGGUCAUCAUGGAGCAAAUCUUUUACUGACAAAUGCAGGUUUACUGUGAUCUCCCUUUUUGCUGUCGACAAUCAAAAGUGUUGAAGCGAAAGAUCCCUCAGGUUACUCCACACACUCCGUCAGGAGGAUCAUCAACAUACAGGCUGACCCUUCGUCUGCUUCAAUCAUUUAAAGGUUACAACAGGAAACUCCUUUUGCUCUGAUAUAGUUCCUCCAGGUCAUACACCUAUUCCUAUUUUUUUGUCUUUUGUUCAUAUUUGUGUGUUUGCCUGAAAGGAAGUUUUGAGCUAAUGGCUCGACCGAAUGCGCCAAUAUGUAACAAUCCUUGUACUGUUGUUUUGUGCUUGAGACUUUUGUUUGGUUGUUGUCUAUAAAUAAAUACAUUUUCAUCAAA